UUUUUUUUCAGGGUAGGUGAAAAAAAGUCUUGAGUGAGGGGCUAUGUGGAAGAAGUCGUACCUGCCUAUACCGAUGAGGACUUCAGAAGAAUUUUUAGGAUGAAUCGAACAACAUUUUCCUUCCUUCUGGAGCACUUGGAGACUCUACCAGAACUACAGCCAUUGGGUCAUGGUAGAAGAGACCCAAUCAGCAUCCAGAAACAGUUACUUAUUACAUUGUGGUAUGUCGGUGGAACUGAUCCUCAGAGAAAAAUAGCUGAUCGAUUUGGAGUGUCUGAAUCUACAGCUGUAGUGUGUAGGGACAAAAUUAUUUCCGUCUUAAUAGGAAUGAGACAGAACAUAAUAAGGUGGCCCAAUGCCCAGGAAUUGCAAACUGAAGAACAGUUAUUUCAAAGGCGUAAUGGAUUUCCUGGAAUAGUUGGUGCGAUUGAUGGGACGCACAUACAGAUAAAAGCACCGCGAGACCAUCCCCAGAGCUAUGUCAACAGAAAACACUAUCAUUCAUUACAACUUCAGUGUGUGUGUAGACACAACAUGUUGUUUAGUCAUGUUUUUACUGGAUAUCCCGGAAGUGUGCAUGAUUCAAGAGUACUCCAGUUAUCAGAUUUAUGGGAAAGUUGUCCAGAUAAAUGUGGUAGAAAUUAUCACAUUCUUGGGGAUGGAGGGUAUCCUUUGCGAAAGUGGCUGUUGACACCAUAUCGUGACAAUGGACACCGUACCCCCGAGCAAAACAAAUACAACACCUACCAUUCAAGUAACAGAGUUGUUAUUGAAAGGGCUUUCGCAUUAUUGAAAGGUCGUUUUAGGAGACUUCACUAUCUUGACACUGCAUCUAUUUCUACGGCAGUGAAUAUCAUAGUGGCAUGUUGUGUGUUGCACAAUUUCUGCAUUUUAGAGUAUGAUGUACUAGAGGAGAACAUUGAACAGGACUUAGAAGGCCAUGUUGAAAAUGCAAAUGUUCAUUAUGACCAGAAUAGAGACGGAAUCGAUAAGAGAAAUGUUAUUGCCCGAAAUUUGUUGUAAUUACUUGUAAACUCAACGGUGUAGUUAUUCUGAAUACUAACAUUAAAGUGACAACACUAAUGAAAACAAAAGUAUUUUUGUAUAAAGAAAUAAAUUAUGCAUUGCUGUACUUAUUGAUAUGGGAAAAAAGACACAUUUCUCUUUUAUGAGGAUAAUAGUUUCACUUAUCAUCAAUAGUCUUACAUACUUUGAUCAUAUUCAUUCCUAGCAAUAUUUUUAGUUCAGCCAAAUUUUUUUUUUAUUUUGGUUGCUUUACUCAUC